AUGGUCAGCUUCCAAUGCGAUAAUUGUGGCGACGUUGUCAAAAAGCCCAAACUCGACCAACAUCGUGGCCGUUGCCAUGCUACCUUUACCUGCAUUGACUGUUCCACUACUUUCCAAGGCACCAACUACAAGUCCCAUACGUCAUGUAUUUCCGAGGCUGAAAAGUAUCAAAAGUCCUUGUUCCGAGGCAAAAAGGGCAAGCAGCAGCAGCAACAACAGCAGCAACGACAACAGCAACAGCAAAACAACAACAACGAGGCCAAGAAGCCAGUAUCGCUUAUUGAUGAAUUGAAGAACAAAAAGGCAAAUGCACCUCAAGAAAAGCCUGCUGAGUCCAAUGGCAAACGCAAAGCAGAGGAUGAUGAAAAGGCCAAGGAGAGCAAAAAGUCUAAAAAGGAUAAGAGCAGCAAGUGGGAAGAUGCUGACCUUCCAGUGGACAACAAGAGCAAACAAAUUGAAUUGGCAUUGAAGGAGGCUUUAAAGUCAAAUAAGGGCCCACUGUCUGCUAAGGAUGCUCGCAAAAAGGUGAUCAAGUUGCUUCAAGCCCAUCCCAAAACCAAAAAGCUUGAAAAGUCAGAGAUCAAGGACAAGUUUGAUGAGGUGCUUUUGCUUGGAUUGGAAGGUGAUAAGCUUACGGUGAAGACUGCAUAA